UUUCCAGCUGAAAACGUCUGUGUGUUUAAAUGCACCAUCACACGAGAUACGGAGUGCAGCCGCGUGGGCAAGCAGUCUUUUAUUGUCACCCUGGGCUGUAACAGUGUCCUAGUCCAGUUUGCCACACCAGCAGAUUUCUGCUCAUUUUACAACAUUAUAAAGAGCUGCCGAUGUCCGGACUCAGAGAAGAGCGUGUUCAGCGAGCGGACGGAAGAGUCGUCGGCGGUACAGUACUUCCAGUUUUACGGGUAUCUCUCUCAGCAGCAGAACAUGAUGCAGGACUAUGUGAGAACAGGGACGUACCAGAGAGCCAUCCUGCAGAACCACACGGACUUCAAAGACAAGGUUGUCCUGGACGUUGGCUGUGGCUCAGGAAUCCUCUCCUUCUUUGCAGUCCAGGCUGGAGCCCGCAAGGUGUAUGCGGUGGAGGCCAGCUCUAUGGCACAACAUGCUGAGCUGCUGGUGAAAAGCAACAAUCUGACCAACCGCAUUGUGGUCAUUCCAGGGAAGGUGGAGGAGAUCUCCCUCGCAGAGCAGGUGGAUAUGAUCAUCUCUGAGCCAAUGGGAUACAUGUUGUUCAACGAGCGCAUGCUGGAGAGUUACCUACAUGCAAAGAAGUUUCUCAAACCUAAUGGGAACAUGUUUCCUACAAUAGGAGAUGUGCACUUGGCCCCAUUCACAGAUGAGCAGCUUUAUAUGGAACAGUUUACAAAGGCCAAUUUCUGGUAUCAGCCGUCGUUCCAUGGAGUCGAUCUCUCUGCUCUGCGAGGGGCCGCGGUGGACGAGUAUUUCAAACAGCCAAUCGUGGACACCUUCGAUAUCCGGAUCCUGAUGGCCAAAUCUGUCAAGUACACAGUCAAUUUCCUCGAUGCCAAAGAGGCGGAUCUGCACAGGAUAGAGAUCCCUUUCUCCUUCCACAUGCUUCACUCCGGCCUGGUGCACGGUUUAGCUUUCUGGUUUGACGUGGCCUUUAUUGGAUCCAUAAUGACCGUCUGGCUCUCUACAGCCCCGACCGAGCCUCUCACUCACUGGUACCAGGUCCGUUGUCUCCUGCAGUCGCCGCUAUUCACCAAAGCCGGGGACACUUUAACUGGCACCGCCCUGCUUAUUGCCAACAAGAGGCAGAGUUAUGAUAUCAGUAUUGUUGCUCAGGUGGAUCAGACUGGUUCCAAAUCAAGUAACCUGCUGGAUCUGAAGAACCCCUUCUUUAGGUACACUGGCUCCACGCCGUCUCCUCCUCCCGGCUCCCAUUAUUCCUCCCCUUCGGAGAACAUGUGGAACACAGGAGGGGCAUAUACAAUGAACACAGGAAUGGGCAUGGGAGGAAUGCCCACGGCCUAUGAUCUCAGCAGUGUUAUAGGUGGAAGCUCAGGCAUCAGCCACAGUAACCUCAUCCCUCUAGGUGAGCCUCCUGCAGUCUCCUGCCCUCCUGCACCGCUGCACUCGGAGCCCCAAGACCUGACACUCGGAACCUCCACAAACACGGGGAUUGUCAAUCACACUCACUCCAGGAUGGGAUCGAUCAUGAGUACGGGCAUAGUGCAAGGAUCUGCAGGAGGACAGGCUGCUUCCAAUACCUCCAGCCACUACCCCAUCAACAACCAGUUUACCAUGGGAGGCCCUGCUAUCUCCAUGGCUUCUCCCAUGUCUAUCACCACCAACACAAUGCAUUAUGGGAGUUAA